AUUAAAAAUUAAAAAAACAUAACUAAAAUCCAAACCAUGAACAAUAUUCUGAGAUCUGCUUCCAAAAAUUAAAAUAAAAUGAGGGAGAAGGCUGGCUUACAGUGAAGUGAAGUAACAAGAGUUGGUGUUUGAAAAAUGCACGGUCGUCCUCGCCACCCGUCGAAGCCAGAAGACGCAACAGCGUUAGCAGCCAAAGCUGAAAAGCUUCGUUCACUUCAAUCUCAGUUCCUCUCCAAUCACCACAAUCGCAUAUAUAGCAAGGAAGCCCUAGAUUUGAGCGCGAAGCUUCUGGAAGCUAAUCCAGAAUGCUACACCGCUUGGAAUUACCGGAAACUCGCCGUUCAACACUCCCUCUCUCACCCCGAUUCCGAUUCCGAUCGUCAAUCUCUCUUCGAUGAGGAACUUAGAGUGGUGGAGAGUGCGUUGAGGAAGAAUUUCAAGUCUUAUGGUGCCUGGCAUCAUAGAAAAUGGGUGCUAAGCAAGGGGCAUUCGUCCGUGGACAACGAAUUGCGUCUUCUGAAUGGUUUUCAGAAGGCCGAUCCUCGGAAUUUUCACGCAUGGAAUUACCGAAGGUUUGUUGCUGGGUUGAUGAAAAGAUCAGAUGAGGAUGAGUUGAAAUACACAGAGGAAGUGAUUGGGGCUAAUUUUAGUAAUUACUCUGCGUGGCAUAAUCGGAGUGCGCUUUUGUCUGAUUUAUUGAAAAGAAAGGCUGAAGGAUAUUUCCCUAAAGAAAAAGUUUUGGAAGAGGAGUAUGAGCAUGUCCAUAAUGCUAUUUUUACUGAUCCAGAUGAUCAGAGUGGCUGGUUUUAUCAUCUUUGGCUUAUUGAUCAAACAGUGAAAACUGAUGCUCCUCUACUUGUUUCAUCUUGGCCUUCUGAUGGAUCUAAUAUAACCCUAAAUGGAAACAACUGCCUUCAUGAUUGUGGUUUGUCUCUGUUGAAUAGUACACUAUCAGACACUGGAACACUUCCGGUUAUUCUUUAUUUCAAUCAAGCUGUUGAAGGCUUAAACUCAUCAUCAGUGUCUGUUAAAUCUGAACUUAUAAAGGAGGAUCUUGUUUGGAAACCACUCUCAACAAUCAACUCAAAUACUGCUAAAGUUUGGGUUGCGUAUCUAAAGCUUGGAAAUAUAGAGCUCCAAUCGUCGAAAACUUACUCCGUAGAGAUCAGCAUUGGACACGGUAUUGUCUCUUCCAGCGGAUAUCAUUAUAGCAAUCCUUCCCAAGUUGCCUUUAAAGUGUGUGCACAGACUGCUUAUACGGAUCCUGCUGACCAACAGUGUGGGAAAAGGACUUCAUGGAAGGAUGAAGAUUUUCAAAAAAUUGAUCAUUCUGAGGAACCAGAUUCAACUCUUUGUGCUGAUCAGAUAAUUACUGAAAACCACCAUAUUCCAACAAAAUCCAUUUGGAGCAUGGAGAAAAUUGAUGAAGAAAUAACUAAUUUUCGGGAUUUAUUGUCUGAGUAUGACUGUAAAAUUGGGAAGCUUACACUUGCAAGACUUUUGACUGCUUUUGAUUUGUUAUCAUCUCAACAUGAUAAAAGAAAAUGUAAUACUGAAGAAGUUCUUCAACUUUAUGAUGAUCUGAUGAAGUUGGAUCCAACACAUUCUUUAUACUACAAGGAUGAGCGUAGUCUGGUAUUACUUCAGCAGAUAACUUCAACUAGGAGGUGUUUACUACCAUACUGCCACCACUAUAAAGAUGCUACAGAAACAAUCACAGGUUAUGUCUGUCUACGACUGCAAAAUCUAUCAUUGUCACGGAUGGGGUCUAUUAAGAAUUUAUUGUGGGUACAAAUGCUAGACCUUAGCCACAACGAACUUCGAUCAAUUGAAGGUUUGGAGGCCAUGCAACUUCUAUCUUGCUUAAAUCUGAGUCAUAAUAAAAUUGGUAGUUUUACUGCUCUGGGGCCUCUCAGAUUGAUCAAGUCACUUAAAGUCUUGAAUAUCUCAUACAAUGAGUUAGGCUCUCACUCGAUUGACACCACAAGAUAUCUAUGCUCUUCUCCUUUAGCUCAUACAGAAGAAUUUGCCUGGGAUCGUUUUGAAACCCUUGCUGGCAGCACCAGGGCCACAAAUUUUUGGGAAGCUUUCUUGAUAUUCGAAAGCAUGAACUUGACAGAGUUAAACAUAACAGGGAAUGCAGUUUCUGAUGAGAACUUCAGGUCCUUUAUUGUCAAAGUUUUGCCUACUCUGAAGUGGCUAGAUGGUGGGGAAUUAUCUUGAACUCUUAACUUUUUAUGUUGGCUUUUUAGGGAUACAGUUUUAUUUUCUGGUAUAAUAUAGAUACCCUUUCAUCUAGAAGGUCAUUCACUCAUUGGGUAUCCCUUAUACCUGCCUUGAUACACGGCAUUUCUGUAGUUGUAAUGCUUUUGGUACUUGCAUUAGGCGCUACACUGCUUAUAGUAAGGCAUGUAAAACUGAGUGACAUUUUUUUACCAUCUAUACUAUACCAAAGGUCCAAAAACUACAUCUUUGAA